CUUUGCCGGCAGCAGAUGGUUGCGUUGUGUGCUCCUGCAGGGAAACAUCGAGCUGGCUUUCACCUUCAGCGUCUGAAUUCUGAUGGAUAAAGAGAGAGGGCUGCUCAGCGACAGUAUGUGCAGCACCAGCACAUGCGUGGGAGUGAUGGGAAACUCCACACAGUCUGAAAACUGAGUGUGGCGUGUCAACCUGGGCGCAGACUGAAAAAAUGGUCCAGGGAGUGAACCAUGUAAUAUUCACUGUUGGAUGCAUUGUUCUCUCCGGUCAAGCUUUGCGGCAAAGGAGGCAAUGUGCUUUCCAGUCAGGAAAAAGGAACAACAAUUUAUUCAGUUUCUCAUCUUUGGGGAAUGUGACUGGGUCCAUUCAGGUCUGUGAAAACACAGAAUGCUGCGUGGGCUUUUUUGAGGUCAUCAAUAACCAAGCAGAGGUUGAUAUUCUUGCAUGCAAUGUAGCUGAAAAUGAUUGUCCAGAUUCAACCUGCAAGCCAGUAAUGCUUCACACUGGUAAGAACUUAAAGUGCGUCUGCAAUGCAGACCUCUGCAAUAGCAACAUCACUUGGAGCCCAGAGACCCCCAGAGACACCUACUCCUAUUCUGCAGAUAAAAUUAUGAUACCUGUUGGACUUAUUCUGACUGGAACUAUAUGCCUUAUGAUUGUUGCAUUUAUCCUACGGUUCACGGCUGUCAACCGGAAAGGCCUCGUCACAGACACAGAGAUGAAGCCACAGUGGUGCCCUCAUUAUUGCACUGUGGGUGACCUGUGUUCCUGUCUAACAGCAGCAAACUUCUCUGAGAUUGACAUUGCUGACAUUGAACUGAGUCAGGUUUUGAACCAAGGACAUUUUGCAACAGUUUGGCAGGGGGAAUACCAUAAAGCCAAAGUAGCUGUGAAGGUUUUUUCAUCAGGCUGUAAUGAAAGGUUUUCAGCUGAGAAGGAGAUUUAUCAACUACCGCUGAUGAAACACGCAGGGAUCGCCCACUGCCUUGGCACUGGAAGGAAACCAGACAGGAGUGGUUUCAUCGUCCUGCAAUUAGCCGAAUAUGGAUCUCUGCAUUCCUAUCUAUGUGAACAUACCUCCAGCUGGAUGUUGUCACUGAAGCUGUGCCAGUCUUUAUCAGAGGGACUGUCUUAUCUCCACUCUGACCUUCGAAGAGAUGAUGUGCAUAAACCUUCUGUGGCUCACGGAGACCUCAGCAGCUCCAACAUACUUGUGAGAGCAGAUGGCUCGUGUGUCCUCUGUGAUUUUGACUGCUCCACCAUCCUGCAAACCUUUUCAAGAAACAAAACAACCAUAGAGGGUCACGCUUGGAAAGGCACGCUGCGCUACAUGUCCCCUGAGAUCCUGCAAGGCAACGUCAACCUAAGCAGCAGCUCGUGCCUCAUACACGGAGACAUCUAUUCUUUGGGGCUGCUUCUGUGGGAAAUCUGGAUGCGCUGCUCUGACUUAUUUCAAGGCGGUUUAGUUGCUCCACACCUUUUGCCUUAUGAACAUGAGCUGGGGCCCAUUGUAACAAUAGAGUCCCUUAUCUGGUUUGUGGAUGGCAUGCAGAGGAGACCCACCAUACCUAAAGAGUGGGCGCAGCUACCGCAGGGAUCUGCUCUGCAGGACCUCCUGAGUGACUGCUGGGACUGUGACCCUGAAGCACGGCUGACAGUUACCUGUGUUUCAGACAGACUGAGCUCCCUUCAGUCCUCCUCUCCAUGACCGUGGCUUUGGCUACGGAGCUGAUUGGCUGUAGUUCGAACAUCAACCAACGUCAUUGUUCUACUUCUGUGGGCUGUUCAGUGUGUUUUUAUCAUAUAUCUAUUUCAUUACAAUAUUUUUCUAUGACUUACCUACAACUGUUUUAAAAGCUGCAAUAGAGAUGCAGUGUCUAUAAUCUGAUAUGCAUGUGCAUAUUGUUCUUGAAAGACAGUCUAAACAAAUGGGUUUCUUUUAUUCUUAGAAGUAGUUUUAUUAGUUUUAGUGGUAUAUGAGUUAAGUUUUCAAGUAAAACAUUAGUUUAUGUCCCACAUGAUCCAACAGUAGACAUUUUAAAUGUGGCCAGUACUCUACUUUACUUUAGUUUCUCAUGGCAAAGUAAGAUAUAAAUAAUAAAUGAUUAUUGGCUGAUUUUCACUGAGUGUCCUGCUGACUCAUCAUUAGUGACUCAUCGUUAGUGUUGUUUUAUUGUAUUAACACAUUUCAUUUUCCUAUCGCGCCAAGUCAACAUUUUAACCGUAUUUGUUAACACUUAUUUUGUUUCAAUAAAGUGCGAAACGUGUUGUG